AUGCUCCCGACCCCGUCAACCUCGCACGUCAGUUACGACCUCAUCUACGAACCGGCCGAGGACUCGUACCUGUUUCUCGACACGCUGUCUUCGGAGUCGGAGUCGGCGUGGUUGCGCGCAAGGUUCUCUCGACGUAGCUCCGGGAUCAACACCGAACUCACGUCGGCGAACAACGGCAAGACCAAGACCAAGAUCACGGGUCAGGGCAAUGCGGCGCCGCCCCUCGUGGUCGAAAUCGGGCCCGGGUCCGGCGUCGUGGUCGCGUUCCUGACCGCGCACGCGUCCACGAUUUUCGGGACGGAUGUGCUUAGUUUGAGCGUCGAUGUGAAUCCGUACGCGUGCCGGGCCGCGAGGAUGACGGUGGAGAAGGCACUCAGGGAGACGAAGGCGGCAAUACCUCAGAGGCAGCUGGAGAGCCAGAAGGAGGGGAUGGCGGCAACAUCAGAGAAACAGACCAAGGGGACGGACGAGAAGCGCGACGCUGCUGCUAUAGAGGCUCAAGACGGGCAGAGCAUCUACCUCGCCUCCCUCCAGGGCGACCUGGCCACGCCCCUCAGGGGAGGUGAAGUUGACAUCUUGGUCUUCAAUCCGCCCUACGUCCCCACGGAGUCGGUCCCUGUGGCUCCAUCCACCAAUCCCGUCACUACUACCACCACCGUUUCUAAUCCUUCUCCUGCUCCCCUUCCUCCUCAAUCAUCACCACCAUCAUCCCGCCCAACAUUUGAGCAACAAUCCCACCUCCUCGCCCUCUCCUACGCCGGCGGCUUCGACGGCAUGGAAGUGACCCGCCGCCUGCUGGACCAGAUCCCCGAAAUCCUGAGUCCCCGGGGAGUCGCCUACGUGCUGUUUUGCCGGGGCAAUCGGCCCGACGAGGUCAAGCGGUGGAUCCGCAGUUGGGGUUCGCCGGAGCAGGAGCAGCAGGAGCAGCAGGAGCAGCAGGAGCAACAGCCCGACGACGAGGCGGAGAUGCAGGGACAGGCGCAGGGACAGGCACAGGGACAGGACCGGUGGCGCGCCGAGACGGUGGGCUCGAGCGGCAAGACGGCCGGGUGGGAAAAGUUGGAGAUUGUGCGGAUAUGGAGGGAGUGA